CUUGGAAUAGUGUUGGCAGAUGUCAGAGUUGCAUGUUAAUGUGCAUGUAACUAGUAUGGUAAACGACGGUGUGAAGUAUAAGUGGGUCAACCCUUGGCGGCGGAGUUACUGACUGCUCAACCAUGUCUCAGCCAUGUACAGGAGCGCAGCAUCAUGGAGAUGAUAAUACUAAUGAUCGUGAUUGUCAUUGUAUGCAUUCUAGUCUACUCAUACAGACGCCGACAAAAAAUCUCUGACUUUCCCAACCGACAUGUUUUUGUUACCGGAUGUGACUCUGGAUUCGGUAACCUUCUCGCGAUUCGACUGGAUGAAAUGGGAUUUCACGUGUACGCGGGAUGUCUGACGAAAAACGGAGAAGAAGAUCUCCGGAAGAAAACGUCUAGCCGACUGGUUACCGUUCCACUUGAUAUAUCCAAUGAGAAGAGUAUAGAAGAAGCCCUCAAACUUGUUCGUGAGCGUCUGCCAACGGGAAAAGGGUUGUGGGGACUGGUGAACAACGCUGGCAUCCUGGACAGUAUUGGCAUGGCUGAAUGGCUUAGGAAGGAAGAUUACAAGAGGACACUGGAGGUGAAUUUUUUCGGCACUGUAGAGAUGACCCGGAUGUUCUUGCCGCUGAUCCGCCAGGCAAGAGGGCGGGUCAUCAACAUGUCCAGUAUCGUAGCAUCUGUUCCUUUCCCCCUUGUACUGCCCUAUUGCAUCUCCAAACACGCUGUGGAGGUUUUUUCAGAUGUUCUAAGAGUCGAAACUCAGUUGUACGGUGUCACAGUACAUUUGAUAAAGCCGGAUGGGUUCAGUACCAACAUGAACAAUAAGAAUUGGCAGACAGAUUUACUUGAAGUAGUGUUCAACCGAGCGGACGAGGACGUGAAGGCGCUGUAUGGGGACGACUAUCCUGCAAGAUUGUUGGAGGCGUUUAGUAGACCAGGUGUCUCUGACAAGAUCUAUCUAGUGGUGGAUGCGUAUGUAGAUGCCUUAGUGUCAAUGUACCCCCGGGACCGAUACCUGGUCGGAUCGAUAGGGACCAUCGUCCGGAGGAUUUUACCUUGGGCAAUGCCUACAUGGCUUCAGAAGUAUUAUGUCUCUGGAUUUCUACCCAAGCUAGCUGCGCACAGGAGAUCGGAUCACUGACAAUGUACCGCGCAGUUCAUUUCGGGGAAUGCUUCAAUCUCCUGUGUAUCGAUUUUACGAUUUAGACAGGUGGUGUAAAUACGAAAUAACGUACCUGGUGCUGGUGCAUUGUGUUGAUUUACCGUCGAGUUAAGUACGCUAAAAAAAAAAAAAAUUUUUUUAAAUAAAUUUAACUUUAAAUUUAACAGAAAGUCUGUUGUGUGUUACGUUAGAAUGUAUUCUGUAUUGUGUUACCUUAUCGUCGAGUUACGUGCACUAACAUGAUAUUUUGUUGAAUAUGACACCGUUGAUGAAGGAAUACAUUAUUCUAGCACCACUACAGCUUUACAUAUAUUUCUUUGAGUGUACACUCAUCUCUUUAGCUGUAACUUUAUUUUUUGUUGCUGAAUAUUUGCGUGAUGUUUUUUUUUCCUUGGCGAUAUAGACAUUUUAUGCUACAGGCUGUUUAGAGACACGCCUGCUUAAUCAGUCCGUCUUGCUAAAGUGCAACUCCUAAAGGAGAAGAAAACAGAAAAAUGAUGCCAAAACAAAUGAAAGAGCAUGCAAACUUAUUGGCAAAUAUCGUCCUAUCUAAUUUCAUAAAGUGUGAAGAGUUAAUGUGGCUUUCAAUAUUGUUUCUUGCUUUUUUUUUUCUUUCAGGAGGAAGGAGUAUUAGAAAAGUUUUGGUAUGGUGGGUAUUUGGGACCAUCUCUUGGUGUGUAUCGUUUUUGCAUAAUAAUGUUCUAAAUAACGAUAUGAUGCAUAUCUACUUAUAUUAUUUGGAUAUGAAUUUGUUGUUUAUAUUCUAACACAUGCAUUUAAGAUUAUUAUGAUAAUUAUGAUAAUAAAUAUGAAUAUAUUAAAAGUAUAAAUAUAAGCAAAAU